GGAGCUGGGAGCUGAGAAGCCGGGAGCGCGGGGCUCAGUCGGGGGGCGGCGGCGGCGGCGGCUCCGGGGAUGGCGGCGGCUCCGCUGCUGCUGCUGCUGCUGCUUGUGCCCGUUCCGCUGCUGCCGCUGCUGGCCCAGGGGCCUGGGGGCGCGCUGGGAAACCGGCAUGCGGUGUAUUGGAACAGCUCCAACCAGCACCUGCGGCGAGAGGGCUACACGGUGCAGGUAAACGUGAACGACUAUCUGGAUAUUUACUGUCCGCACUACAACAGCUCAGGGGUGGGCCCGGGGGCGGGGCCCGGGCCUGGUGGCGGGGCGGAGCAGUACGUGCUGUACAUGGUGAGCCGAAGCGGCUACCGCACCUGCAACGCUAGCCAAGGCUUCAAGCGCUGGGAAUGCAACCGGCCGCACGCCCCUCACAGCCCCAUCAAGUUCUCAGAGAAGUUCCAGCGCUAUAGCGCGUUCUCGCUGGGCUAUGAAUUCCACGCGGGCCACGAGUACUACUACAUCUCCACGCCCACUCACAACCUGCACUGGAAGUGUCUGAGGAUGAAGGUGUUCGUCUGCUGCGCCUCCAAAGACUUUGAGGACGAGAACCCCCAGGUGCCCAAGCUUGAGAAGAGCAUCAGCGGGACCAGCCCUAAGAGGGAACACCUGCCCCUGGCCGUGGGCAUCGCCUUCUUCCUCAUGACACUCUUGGCCUCCUAGCUCUGCCCUCUCCCCUGGCAGGGAGAGAUGGAGUGGAGUUGAGAAGGAGCAGAGAGUCUUGGGCCUCUCCAAGGGAAACCUAGCUGUGGGGCCUACAUUCCCCUUCCCACGGUUGGAAGUGGGAUCAGCACCAUACAUCUGUGCCUGCCCCUUCUGCUCCCUCUCUCCAGGGCACUGUAGUGGAUCAGGCACAGGGACAGCUGCAGGUCCCAAGUGGCCUUGUGGCUUCGGUAAUGUCUGGUACCAAACUUGGGGGCCAUAAAAGGCAGUGCUCAGGACUCCCUGCCCCCUGGUACCUCUCCCUUGACACUUGGUGCCCUCCCUGUUUGUCCCCAAAGAGGCAAAUAAAUAUGCCCCAGAGAGAAGAAACAGAAGCAUUGGAGGCACCUGCUGUCACGCACCUCCAGGACAGCAAGUCGGGAGGGACUAAAUGGGUGAGGGGUAGCACCUGGGCUGCCCCCUUCCCCUGUUUACAGCAAUAAGCACGUCCUCCCUCCACUCCUAUUUGCAGGACUGUGGUUUGGAUUGAAUCCAAGUUUACAAAUAGACACCCCUGGGGGGAGCAGGCAGUGGACAGGGGUGACAAGGGGUGGGCAUUGGGGUGCCAGACAGGCAUGUACAGACUCUAUAUCUCUAUAUAUAAUGUACAGAGUCCCUCCCCUCCUUAACCUUGACCUUUCUUGACUUCUCCGUCCAGCUUCAGACCCCUUCCCCACCAGGUUAGCCCUCCCCACCCCAGGGACCCUCCUGGCCCCUCUUUUGUCUUCUGUGAAGACAGGACCUAUGCAACGCACAGACACUUUUGGAGACCCGUGACAACAAUGCCCCCUCCUUUCCAGUCCUGAGCCGGGAACCAACUCCUAGGACCUUGCCCUGCCCACCCUAUGUGGUCCCCACCCAUCCUGGGCCUUUUUCAAGUGCUUUGGCUGUGACUUUCAUACUCUGCUCUUAGUCUAAAAAAAUAAAAUGGAGAUAAAAAUAACUGAGUGUGUGUGAUUUCAAGGGGCCGUGUCCCUCUGUUUGCCUGGCUAAACCGUAUAGGGAUUAGGUCCUGGGUGGAGUCAGAGUCCAUGGAGUGCCUGCUCUGGGGUUCAUCUCCUUUGGAAGACAGAGAUAUCUGUGGAAAGUGACAGGGCUUUGCACUGAGCCUGGGUGACUUUGGGCAGGUCCCUUAACCUCUCUAGGUUCAGGCUUGCCAUCCCAGAAGCUGGGCUUGAGUACUUAUCUCCCGGGGAUGGUAUGUGGAGAGUCAAGGCCAGUCAACGCUGUUCUCCUUUCAUGCAGUAGUCAGAGGUUUUUGGCUGGGGUCUAAGGAUUUCAGGGGAUUUGUGAAUCUAGAUAGGAAGAAAAUAACAUCUUUAUUUUCACUCACCUGUGACAAAUUUAGCUUCCCUUAUGUACUUGGGCAACAAGCCACUAAUAGUAUUAAUGAUACCUGUGACUUUGUAACUAAUGGAAAUCCCAGAUGUUUUUCAGACUGCUUUUAGUCAUUGAUAAUAUCUCAGAAUAUUAUUUAUGUGUCACUACUUUGAAAUGAUCAUAGUUGC